AUGUCAACGGUCGGUUUCAGUUUUAAAGUCGCGGUUUUCGACCAAAACCGAAUUGAACCGCAAAAACCGACUGAUCCAAUGCUUUAUGAACCUGAAAAACUUCCACCUACAGAAAAUAUAGCUGUUUGUCAAUUGCACUUACACACCUAUGUAGUAGGUCCAAUGGAUUUUUUUAUAGAUUUUGCAAGACGUGCAGCUCAUGCAUUAAAAAUGCCAUGCUCAGAAAACUUUGAACAUAAAACCCAUAAAAGAUUGUUAGAAAUAAAGGAUGCAAAUAAAGAUGCUAUGGUAUUUAGCCAAUAA